CUGUAGAUGCUCCGAAAAUAUGUUACAAAUGUAAAAAGGCAGGUCACCUUUCCCGAGAUUGUCAAGAACAUCCAAAUGAUUCUUCACAUGAACAUGUAAAUAACAGAGUUGGAGAUGAUGUGCGUGCGGCUCCAGAUGAUCUUACUGAGAUGGACAGGGCGGCCAUGGAGGAGGAGGAUGUUAAUGAGAUAUGCGAAGACGAGAAAGGGAGACUAAAUGACAUGGAUUACCUGACAGGGAAUCCACUAUCCAGUGAUAUUCUCUUAUAUGCAGUGCCUGUUUGUGGUCCUUACAGUGCACUGCAGUCAUACAAAUACCGAGUGAAGAUAAUUCCUGGCUCCGCAAAGAAAGGAAAAGCUGCAAAAACUGCCAUGAAUUUGUUUAGCCAUAUGUCGGAAGCAACAAACAGGGAGAAGGAAUUGAUGAAGGCAUGCACCGAUCCCGAACUGGUUGCCGCCAUAAUUGGUAACGUGAAGAUCACAGCUGCUGGUCUAACUCAACUGAAGCAGAAGCAAAAGAAAGGCAAAAAGACCAGCAAAGAAGAAAGCUAGCCCUGGUAUUUCUUAGGAGUUUGUUGAUAUGAACCUCUCUCCCAUAUACCUAUACGCACGGAGCAGAAUUUUGAGUAAAAAAGAGGAAAAAAAAUCAAUGUGGCAAAUGGGUGCUUCGUACUAGUUUCAAACUUCCAAGGUGUACAUGUCGGACAAGACUGGACUAUUUUUACAGUUGAAGAAUUUAGAAUGUACUGUUUUAAUUUUA